AUGGCAUCCAUACAAAUAUCUGACAUCUCAAAAGAAACAAAAAAUGUCAAGUUUAUUGCACGAGUCGCUCGAACUUGGAAUUUUAUUAACCCUCAUAAUGCUGAUGAUAUUUAUAGUUUUGAGUUUCUACUCAUUGAUGAAAAGGGAACAACAAUUCAAGGAACUGUUGGAAAAAAUAUUGCUGAUAAGUUUCGCCCCCUGCUUAGUCAAGGAAAUAUUUGCUGUAUAUCUGGUUUUAUUGUUAUGCCUGCUCAAAACAACUAUAAAAUCAGCGAUCAUGCUUUUCGUAUCAAAUUAUUACCAAAUGCCACUAUUAAAUUGAUCGAUGAUGUGUCACUUUCCAUCCCCUUUGACAAAUUUAAUCUGCUGACUUUUGAUGAACUCAAAGACCGAAUAGGAAAGAUUGAUUAUCUAUGCGAUGCCAUAGGUCAAUUAGUUACUAUGGAAAACAUUCAGCAAAUAAGAAUAUCAAACAGAAUCAAAAACAAGCGGACAGUUUUCAUACAAGACUCAAGAAAUGAAAAAAUAGAAGUUACACUGUGGGAAAAAACAGCAAUGGAUUUUCCAGAAGAACAAAUAAUUGCGUCCGCAGAACAAGAACCCGUGAUUGUCGUUUUUGCUGCCAUGACUGUGAAAUCAUUUAAUGAUGCCACAAUUCUAAGUGGAACAUCAGCAACAAAACUCUACAUUAAUCCUGAAUUACCUGAGAUUGUUGCUUUUUUACAAAGCUUGCCAAAUCCACCUGCUCAGUUUUCAUCUGUUGUCCAUAAUUCUUUGCCACCUUUGGAUCCUGAAAGUGAAAAGAACACAAAUAGAAAAACCAUUGCUGAAUUACUGGAUCUCGAUAUUCAUACUGACAAGGACGAAAAAUUCACUUGUGAGGCUGUUAUCAAAGAAAUUGAUGCUUCAGAUGGCUGGUGGUAUAGAGCAUGUGCCCGUUGCAAAAGUGGUAUUCAGAGUUACAACGAAGAUAUCUAUUGCAAAAACUGCGGGGUUAUAUCCGACCUUCCAAUACCUUGGUACAAAUUAACUAUCAUGGCUGAAGACAAUACAGGAAUCGCACCUUUCAUAAUUUUUGGAAAUAUGGCUACAGAAUUGGUCGGACUGCCGGCGAGUAGCCUUUCUACUAUGUCAAAAGACCGAUGUCAAGCUCCUGCUCUCAUGGCAAGGAUUUAUGGUUUAAAGAAACAAUUUCAGAUAAAAUUAAGUGAUCGGAUACACGAUUCUUCAGAAUUGUCUUUUAAGGUUAUUCAUAUUUUCAAAGACACAGUGGUUAUCAAGAAAGAGACUCCAAGUCCGACAAACGCAUCAUCAUCUCAGUUGCUUAUUCGAGAUGCCAAUUAUGCGUUGUCCUCGCCAGAAGGACGGAAAAUAUCAAAAAGCACCGACGAAAGUUCAACUUCAUCAGCAACUAAAUCAGCAAAAAAGUCUAAAAUAGAGUAA